CCUACGCGCGCGCGCGCGCGCGGAAGCGUCGCCGAUAGUCCCCUAAUUCCUGUAACUAUUCCGAGCAAAGCAUCGAUCGCGACCGCGUUUUCGCAAGCGGCAAGCAGAACGCAGUAUAACGCCGGCAGUCAUCGAGGUGGUGCGAGGCAGAAAGCUCAUCGAACUCGUUGCCCUUCCGGCGAAUGUAACCUUGGUUGAUAUUUUCGUCCCUAACCAAUCUGAUCCGCUCUCAGUAUCGUGCUCACCGAUCCAGUCGACCUUGUCCUUCGUUCCUUUCAUUCGAAGACAUUGCUGUAUGCAUUUCAGACGUGAUUAAAUACGGUUGUCGCUAUCGUCGCGCGCACGUUUGUUGAUGAUUCGCUCGCCUGAGACGAGAAUAUAGCUGUCGUAUCUCCGGUGAAGAACGGAGUUCGUCGUUCGUCGCCGGAUGAUCAGGAGAUCCGGAAGAAGAGUCAGUUGCUGGUAAAGGUCGAGUUCAGAAUGGCGCUAAUCUGGUGGGAGAAGAUAUUUCUGUUGAUAAUAGCACUGAUCAGUUUGAGGAUCCUCAUUAAAGUCGGAAUUUUAACGUGGAAGAAACUGAUCGCUCCGACUUUCGGAUUUGGAAUACAUUUUCGAACACAGGGGAAAUGGGCGGUGGUAACUGGUGCGACAGAUGGCCUUGGGAAGGCAUUUGCUAAGGCCCUUGCCGAAGAAGGUAUGGAUAUCGUUUUGGUCUCUCGGUCCUUGUCCAAGUUGAAGGACGUUGCAACUGAGAUCGAGCAGAAAUAUUGCGUGGAAACUCGUGUCGUGGAAGCUGAUUUAACCGAAGGCCAGAUAGUCUACGCGGAAAUUGGCAAAGCAACGCAGGAUUUGGAGGUCGGUGUUCUUGUGAACAACGCUGGCGCAAGCUACGACCAUCCUGAAAUGUUCACGAAUGUGUCGGAAGAAGUUCUCGCGAGAAUACUGCAAUUGAAUGUGGCCGGAGUAACCGGGGUUGCAAGAGCGAUUCUCCCCGGUAUGCUGGAGCGAGGGAAAGGAGUACUCAUCAACGUGAGUUCGACGGCCGCGGCUAUACCCAGCCCAUAUCUGUCCGUUUAUGCCGCCAGUAAAGCGUACAUCGAUAAACUCAGCGCCGAUUUGGCUACGGAAGCUGCGCCGAGAGGCGUCACCGUUCAGUGUGUUCUACCCGGCCCGGUCGCCACGAAGAUGUCCAAAAUCAAGAGACCGUCGUGGAUGGCACCCAGCCCGGAGACGUUCGUUAAAGCGUCACUGAGAACAGUCGGCAUCGAAUCACGCACGACCGGAUAUCCACCGCAUUCUUUGAUUAUCGGCUUCAUAAACGCAUUGCGUUACAUGUGCGAGCCGGGCGCGGUGUGGCUGGUGGCGAAAACAAUGCUUAAUUUAAGGAGACGAGCCCUUUACAAGAAGACGAAACCCACAAUAGUGCGGGAAGUCGCGGAGGGGAACGCUUUAUAGUUGUCUCGUGCGUUUUGUAAUGUAGUUUCUCAUUAACGAAUAGAGCACACAGAAAAGCGUUGCAGUGAGCAAUAAGCAACUCGAUCAAUCACGAUUAAGGACGUAAAACAAUAAUGUUUAUUUGCUCAUUGCUUACGUUUUUCUAUGUGCUAUUUUUUAGCAUAAUGCGGCGUAUUCCGUCAGUCGUCCUCGAAUUGCUUUUUGUUACUGCUUCGCAUUUAGUUAAAUCUUUUGAUUGCUAUUUCUUUACAUUCGAGUCUAUAAUAUAAGUAUCUGUUUCUCAAAGAUUUCUCUCUCAAAAAUAAAUAGUUUUGCAAUUUUUUUCCUGUUGUCUUGACGACAAGGCAAAUUCAUAACGAAGAGGACAAGAUUUUGUGAAGACGAUUUUUCUGAAUGGCAUAAAUUGGACAGAAAAAUAUAUGCAUAUCUACGCAUUAAGUGCACUUAGAAAUAUGAUUGUUAUC